CAAAAAAACAAAAAGCAACUCCCCCCCCAACUUUAUUUUCAAAAGUAGCUAAGAAAAAAUAAAACAACAGCCAACCAAGUUAUCCCAACCCAACCCCCAGAAGGGCUGAAACCUCGCCUUCCUCCGAGCGGGGCAUGGCAUCGAACAGCAUCUUCGAUUCCUUCCCGACCUACUCGCAGACCUUCAUCCGCGACCCGAGCACCAGCCGCCGCUUCACACCUCCCUCCACGGCCUUCCCCUGCGGCGGCGGCGGCGGCGGCGGCGGCAGCGGCAAGAUGGGCGAGAACAGCGGCGCGCUGACCGCGCAGGCGGCCGUGGGCCCCGGCGGGCGCGCCCGACCCGAGGUGCGCUCGAUGGUGGACGUGCUGGCUGACCACGCGGGCGAGCUCGUGCGCACAGACAGCCCCAACUUCCUCUGCUCCGUACUGCCCUCGCACUGGCGUUGCAACAAGACGCUGCCCGUCGCCUUCAAGGUGGUGGCGCUGGGGGACGUGCCAGAUGGAACAGUGGUGACGGUGAUGGCGGGCAACGAUGAGAACUACUCCGCUGAGCUGCGCAACGCAUCGGCCGUCAUGAAGAACCAGGUGGCCAGGUUCAACGACCUCCGCUUCGUGGGCCGCAGUGGGCGAGGUAAAAGUUUCACGCUGACCAUCACCGUGUUCACCAACCCCACGCAAGUGGCCACCUACCAUCGUGCCAUCAAAGUGACCGUGGAUGGACCCCGGGAGCCUAGACGGCAUCGGCAGAAGCUGGAGGACCAGACCAAGGCGUUCCCUGACCGCUUCGGGGAGCUGGAGCGUCUGCGCAUGCGGGUGACGCCCAGCACGCCCAGCCCCCGGAGCUCGCUCAGCACCACCAGCCACUUCGGCAGCCAGGCCCAGACCCCCAUCCAAGGCACCUCGGAACUGAGCCCCUUCUCCGACCCCCGCCAGUUCGACCGCUCCUUCCUGCCGCCCCUCACGGAGAGCCGCUUCCCCGACCCCCGGAUGCAUUACCCGGGGGCCAUGUCAGCCGCCUUCCCGUACAGCGCCACGCCCUCGGGCACCAGCAUCAGCAGCCUCAGCGUGGCCAGCAUGCCGGCCACCGGCCGCUUCCACCACACCUACCUGCCGCCGCCCUACCCGGGGGCCCCGCAGAACCAGAGCGGGCCCUUCCCGGCCAGCCCGUCCCCCUAUCACCUCUACUACGGCGCGUCCUCGGGCUCCUACCAGUUCUCCAUGGCGGCCGGCAGCGGCGGCGGCGGCAGCGGCGGCGACCGCUCCCCGACGCGCAUGCUGGCCUCCUGCACCAGCAGCGCCGCCGCGGUCGCCACCGGCAGCCUCAUGAACCCCAGCCUGGGCGGCCAGAGCGACGGCGUGGAGGCCGACGGCAGCCACAGCAACUCGCCCACCGCGCUGAGCACGCCCGGCCGCAUGGACGAGGCCGUGUGGCGGCCCUACUGACCGCCUGUGUUGGAGUGGACGGCUCUCGCCGGCGGUGCAAGGCAGUAGCGGGGGGUACCGCCAAGAACCUUCCAGACAAGCGCGGCGGGCCCACCUCCAAGGCUCAGGGCACCAACUGGACUUAACGCUCCAGGGCAGUCAUGGGCCCCAGAUGGGUCCACCGGCCUGAGGGGCGGCCCCGGAGCUGGUGGCAGGCUCUAAGAGCGUCUCAUCCCAGAGCCACGUCUUUGUACAGAGGGGUGAGGACCUCCCCCAGGACCCCGCCCCCCAGCCCAGGUCCUGUUCAUCUCAUCCCACGUCCCUGUGGGAGAAGUCCCCUCCUGCCCCCCACCCCCUG